AUCUCGAGAAAAUUUAAGAUAUGUAUAAUAUAAUUUUAUUUUUCCUUAUAUUUCAAAGUUACUUCAAAAAAUCUUUUUACCCUCUAACCCAGGCACGUAAGCAGGAAUUUAAUGUGUGGGGAGGGGGGAUAAUUAAAAUUUUUUAAAAAAAAUUAUUAUUUAAAAAUAUCAAGCGUAAAUUUUUUAGGACUAACAACUAUUUCUAAUACAAAAUUUUAAAUUAAUCUGAAUUAUAAAAAAUUAAAUAUAUAAACCAACAUAUAAAAAACUAUAAAAUAAAAGUAUAUUAAAAAAAUAUUAAGUUGAUAUACAGCAUAUAAAUCACUAUAAAAUAAAUGACCCAAAAUAGAAAUUUAAAUUAUUUGAGCCAAAUUAGUAUAAAAAAUUUAAAUGUUGAAAAUAUAAAUUAUUACACAAGUUUCUUAGGAAUAAUUGUAUUUUGUAUGUAAUAACUUAAAAGGUAUUCAUGAAAAAAUAUAUAACACAUUAAAAAAAAUAAAUCUCUUAGAAAUAUUAUUAAGAAGCAUAUUAUAAAUUUAUAAAGUAAAAUCUAAUCUUCGUUGAGAUUGGGUUAAUUUUUCAAUUAUCUUCUCCAUGAUUGGCGUCAAAUGCCUAUGAAUAUUCAAAAGGGCCAAACUAUUCAAUAUACUGUCAGAUGUUGUACUUCUUAAGAUAUCUAUCAAAUUAUGACUUCAAAGAAUCUAGUUUGGAUCUCGAACUAGUAGAGAUAUUCCAAGAGAAAUAUUUUUACCAAUCACUAAAUGAAAUGGAGGAUUUUAUACAGGGUCAGACAUUAAAUACUAUAUCAUUUCCAGCUUCUGCAAAUAUAGUUUACAAUAAAAUGUUGUCGGUUCUCAUAUUGAUUAAUAUGACUUGUGCCCAUAUGUUUAUCAAAAGACGUGACCGCAUAGCAAUGAUCAACUUCAAAAAAACGUAUGAACUGUGCAGAGCAUUCGAAACUGGAUAUAUCUUAAAGAAAAAUUAUGGUAAAUACGAGGUCUUUGUAGCUAUACAUUGGUAUAAUAUGGCCUUAUUAUCGAAAGUGUUGAAUUACAAGUCGGACUACAUAACUUACAAAAAUAAAUGUUUAGAGAUUUUGGAUGCCGCUUAUCCUUUGACUCAGUUAAAUGAACCUAAGAUCAAUAGAUCUAUAAUUGGUCUUAUGAGGAAAUUUUGCUCUACCUGACAAUGCCAUGAUAAAUAAUAUUAAAAAAUUUAAUCAUUUUUUAUUAAUAUAUAAUUAUUAAAUAAUAUUUUAUAUUUUUAUUUGUAAAAAUGUCUUGAUGAUGUUAAUAU